AGGUCGCCAACCAGUUCUAUGGCUCUUGGUGGUUUUAUUGAGCCGUAGAAUUGGUUGGUGACCUACUUACCAGCCCUAUAGUAGUAGACCUAAUUUGGUGAUUUUGUAGUAGUAUCCUAAGGCUAACUCAAUGAGCGAGGACCAAAUAGCAGAGCUUAAGGAGGCCUUCAAUCUUUUUGACAAAGACGGGGACGGGUUUAUAACCACAAGUGAACUGGGAACAGUCAUGACGUCACUCAACCAAAACCCGUCCAGGUCUGAGCUCCAGGACAUGAUACAAGAAGUUGAUGCUGAUGGUAAUGGGACCAUAGAUUUCGACGAGUUUCUCCGCAUGAUGUCACGCAAGAUGAAAGAAGCUGACACAGAAGAGGAGUUAAAACAAGCCUUUAUGGUGUUUGACCGAAACGGUGACGGGCUGAUAUCUGGAGAAGAGCUGCGCUUCGUCAUGAAAAACCUGGGCGAGAAUUUGAGCGAGGAGGAAGUGGCCGAGAUGAUCAGGGAGGCGGACGUUGACGGCGACGGCCAGGUCAAUUACGAAGAGUUUGUGAGGCUGAUGACGUCAAAACAAAUAACGGAGAGCGGAAAAUGAAAGCUAUUGUCUCAAUCAAGCUAGAACCUUCAAAAAAUGUCAUCAAAGAAGUGUUCAAUCUGUGGCUAAAACUUAGAUUGUUUGCUCUUGUAAAUACAAGAUAUGUUUAUUAUACAAAGAUGUAUUUAAUCUAUAGCUAAGACUUUGAUAUUGCUCUUGUUGCAAUCUUUUAUUACAAGAAUUUAUUUAACUUGCUC